GGUGAAUACCUAGAAAUGAAGAAUCAAAUGUGCAGUAAAUGUGCCGCGGGGACAUAUUCCUUGGGCAGCGGGAUCAAGUUUGAUGAAUGGGAUGACCUGCCAGCAGGAUUCUCCAAUGUGGCAACUUUCAUGGACACUGCUGUCGAAUCAGCUGAGAAUAAAGCCGAUAGCUGUGACAACUCUUCGUGGACUCCUCGUGGGAAUUACAUAGAGUCCAACAGAGAUGACUGCACUGUUUCUCUAAUCUAUGCUGUACAUCUGAAGAAAUCUGGAUUUGUCUUCUUUGAAUACCAGUAUAUUGACAAUAACAUCUUCUUUGAGUUUUUUAUUCAAAAUGAUCAGUGCAAAGAGAUGGACUCCACGGCCGACAAAUGGGUGAAAUUAACAGACAACGGCGAAUGGGGCUCUCAUUCCGUAGCUUUGAAACCAGGGACUAAUAUAUUAUACUGGAGAACAACAGGGAUUCUUAUGGGUUCUAAAGUGGUGAAACCUGUUCUGGUGAAAAACAUCACAAUUGAAGGAGUUGCAUAUACAUCUGAAUGCUUUCCAUGCAAACCUGGUACAUUCAGUGAUAAACCAGGGUCUUCCAAUUGCCAGGUGUGUCCCAGAAAUACCUACUCAGAGAAAGGAGCUAAGGAAUGUACCAACUGUAGCGAAGAAACUCAUUAUGCAGAUGAAGGAUCCAGCCAAUGUACAGAGCGUCCCCCUUGUACGAACAAAGACUUUUUCCAGAUCCAUACACUGUGUGAUAAGGAAGGAAAGACUCAGAUAAUGUACAAAUGGAUAGAGCCUAAAAUUUGCAGGGAGGAUCUUCCUGAUGCGUUGAAACUGCCUCCUUCUGGAGAGAAGAAGGAUUGUCCACCAUGCAACCCUGGGUUUUACAACAAUGGAUCAUCUUCCUGCUCUCCUUGCCCUCAGGGCAUGAUUUCAGACGGAACAAAGGAAUGCAAGGCCUGCCCUGCUGGGACUGAACCAGCUCUCGGGCUUGAAUAUAAAUGGUGGAACGUUCUGCCAGUCAAUAUGAAGACUUCUUGUUUUAAUGUUGGCAAUUCAAAGUGUGAUGGAAUGAAUGGCUGGGAGGUGGCUGGUGAUCACAUCCAGAGUGGGGCAGGGGGCUCUGACAAUGAUUAUCUUAUCCUGAACCUGCAUAUCCCAGGAUUUAAACCUCCAACAUCGGUGACAGGAGCAACCGGGUCAGAACUAGGACGGAUUUCUUUUAUUUUUGAGACCAUCUGUUCAGCAGAUUGCGUGAUGUACUUUAUGGUGGAUGUUAAUAGAAAAAACACGAAUGUGGUGGAAUCCUGGGGCAAGACGAAGGAGAAACAAUCUUACACUCACAUUAUCUCCAAAAAUGCUUCCUUCACAUUCACAUGGGCCUUCCAGAGGACAAACCGGGGCCAAGAUAGCAGGCAAUUCAUACACGACGUGGCAAAAAUCUACUCGAUAACAGUGACCAAUGUGUUGGAUGGAGUUGCCUCGUCUUGCCGGGCCUGCGCACUGGGGUCUGAACAGUCUGGGUCAUCCUGCGUACCCUGUCCUGCUGGACACUACAUUGAGAAGGAAACCAACCAAUGCAAGGAGUGCCCAGCCAACACAUAUCUGUCCAUACAUCAGGUGUACGGCAAAGAGUCUUGUAUCCCAUGUGGGCCUGGCAGUAAAAGCAACAAGGACCAUUCCGCCUGCUUCAGUGACUGCACGCUCUCUUACCUCAGGGACAACCAGACCCUGAAUUAUGACUUUACCAACCUCAGCGGGGUGGGGUCAUUAAUGAAUGGACCCAGCUUUACAUCCAAAGGGACAAAGUUCUUUCAUUUCUUUAACAUCAGCCUGUGUGGGAAUGAGUUAGGAGCUACGGUUGAAACCACACUGGGAAAUAUUAACAUUGAAACAGAAAUGUUUCCAUCUUCCCAAAGGACAAUACCUGAUGUGAAUUUCUUUUUCAAGUCUUCUACACUUACAACCCCCUGUGAAAAUGGACGUGCAACUGUUGUAGUGAUGAGGUGUAAUCCCACCAAACCAGGCCAAGGCGAUAUUUCGGUCCCCAGCACAUGCCCCGUUGGCACCUGUGAUGGAUGCACCUUCUACUUCAUGUGGGAAAGUGCAGAAGCCUGUCCUUUGUGCACAGAGCAUGACUACCAUGAGAUUGAGGGAGCUUGUAAAAAGGGAUUUCAGGAAACCUUAUAUGUCUGGAAUGAGCCAAAGCAAUGCAGGAAGGGGAUUGCCUUGCCUGAGAAAAGGGUCAGCACCUGUGAAACCAUGGACUUUUGGUUAAAAGUUGGAGCAGGUGUUGGUGCAUUCACAGCUGUGCUGCUCGUAGCCUUAACCUGCUACUUCUGGAAGAAAAAUCAGAAGUUGGAGUAUAAAUAUUCCAAAUUAGUGAUGACAGCUAACUCGAAAGAGUGUGAGCUUCCAGCUGCUGACAGCUGUGCUAUAAUGGAAGGAGAAGAUAACGAAGAGGAAAUAGUAUAUUCAAAUAAACAGUCAUUGCUGGGAAAGCUCAAGUCAUUGGCAACAAAGGAAAAACAAGAUCGUUUUGAAUCUGUUCAGCUGAAAUCUUCAAGGUCACAAAAUAUAUGAGGAUUAAAUGCUACCUUCAAAGAAACAAACCUGAUUUCUAUCUUUACAGGACCACAUUUUAAACAUAUUCCUGCAGAGUAAUGGUUGCAGUGAGAAAUGCUGAGCCAUUUAAGAAAAAAGAGGGUUGAAAUCAAAACAAAAGAUUGGAUUGCCUUAUUCUGUGGUCAAGUACCUUGCCAAAAACAAGAAGCAGACUGCUUGGAUUCCAAACUAGGAAUGAAGCUUAACUCAGGAAGAGAUAUACAGACUGCAACUGAAAUGAGUUUUGUAUUCACCUGUGCAUUGCUCAGGCAUGCUGUGCGAUUUAUUGGUACCUUUCAAUGCAUAAUCACUUCGUCCAUAUGCAUCGUAAGAACUGAUUUUCUGGGAGAUUCGAAACUUUCUGAAAAGGUUCUGUACUGUCCUUUUUGCAGCCUAACUUCAAUUCUCUCUUAAAAUCAAAAUGGGGAAUGGUACUUGAAACAGAACCAUGGAUGACUUUUGAUCCUUGGAUAAAAUAAUGCUUUUGGGGCUAAGGGCUGGAUGUCCUGCAACAGCCUUCAGUGUGGCAGGGCCAAUUUUGCACCCAUGGAUCAAACCCACUUAGAUGCCAACAUGAUGACCAUCUGGGUUGGCUUGAACAUGACACUCCUGAAUCUAAGGCUAUAUCUAUACCUACAGCUAAGGGUGUGAUUCCCAGCUUGUAUAGACAUUUUUGCAUCUGCUGUCAUCAAUCUAGCACACUGAG